AUGUAUGGUGAUGCUGUUGUUAUUUCUCGUUCUAUCAUGGAUCGAAAUAAUCAGAGAUGUUUGCAAAAUCAUUGUUCUACAUCAUUUCGACCUAAUCGUUCUAUAGUUCAGCAUAAUGGAAAACAAUUUAUUGUUGAAUUUACACAACGUAUAGAACAACGUUUUAUACAAUUCAUGGAUAAAAAGACAAAUCGAAUGAGAUUUUUUGACGUCAUUGAUUGUAUACCAAGUACAAUAGUACGGUCAUAUGGAUCCAAAUCUCAAUCACUAUCACAAAAUAGCACUUCUCGUCCUAAUCAUCGAUCGGAUCAGUGUCUUGCUCGUCAACAAAUUCCAAACUAUCGAUCACAAACAGUUAUACCUUUGAGUUUCAUUGAUAAACGAAGUUUUAAAUCAGCAUUAUGUGAACUACAUGUUCCAACUUGCUCUAGUGAUGACGAGUCUUCUACAUCUUCUUCUUGUGAUUCAGAUGAAGAAACUGAAACGGAAUAUGAUCAAAGCAUCGAUCGAAGAUUGAGAUCAAACGAAAUUCGUAGCGGUCACCGAGAAGCGUAUCCAUUUUUCUUUAGUAAUCAUAGUACUCCAGGAUUUUUAAAUGGAGCAAUUGGCGAAUACAAUUUACCAACGUCAUUUAAUCCAUUUGCUCGAUCAGAAUAUCCAAGUCAUAAUUAUUACUAUCGAAAACAAUCUACCCUAAAUAACUGUACUCAACCACUUAUGAUCCAUUGA